UCUCACGAAGCCCUGCCCUCUAUUACACACACUCUCUCAUUCCCACUAUAAAAACCCUCUUUCUCUUCUCGGCAGCCGAAUUCUCGAUCUCUCUUUCUAGAAGAAAAUGGCGAGCACCGAACCCGAGCACGAGCACAGAGAGGAUGAGGAGGCUGCGGCCAACGAAGACGAGGACACUGGCGCUCAGGUCGCUCCGAUCGUCAAGCUAGAGGAGGUCGCCGUCUCCACUGGCGAGGAGAACGAAGAAACCAUUCUCGAGCUGAAAGCGAAGCUAUACCGAUUCGAUAGAGAUGGGAACCAGUGGAAGGAGAGAGGCGCCGGUACGGUGAAAUUCCUCAAGCACAAGGACUCCAACAAGGUUCGCCUUGUUAUGAGGCAGUCCAAGACCCUCAAGAUCUGCGCCAACCAUCUCGUUAUUGCGACGAUGACGGUGCAGGAACACGCCGGGAACGAGAAGUCAUGUGUGUGGCACGCGACCGAUUUUGCCGAUGGUGAAUUGAAGAACGAGCUUUUCUGCAUCAGAUUUGCUUCCAUUGAGAACUGCAAAACCUUCAUGGAGAAGUUUCAAGAAGUUGCUGAAUCCCAAUCAACGAAAGAGGAAGACAAAGAUACAUCUGAAGCUGCUGGGCUUCUUGAGAACUUGAGUGUUGAAGAAAAGAAAACGGAGGCCAAAUCUGGUGAUGACACCCCUGUUGCAUCCGAAAAGGAAAUUAAGAGCGAUGCAGAAAAAACGGAGAAGAAAGAUGAGGAGCCUGCUUCCUCCUCUUAAAGAUGAUGUCUUUUGAAUGCCAUAUAGACCUGGCCAUAUGAUGAGGUUGUUUGGCUGACCUUUUCCCACCCGUCUUGGUAUAUUCGUGCAGCCGAAAUUCAUUGGGUGUGAUAUAUUGGUUGGAUGGUGGUGAGUUUACUGCGUCCUUCAUUUGGGAGUCUUUUUAAAUAUUUGGUCGAACUUUGUUCUUGUUUGCGUAUUUGAGGGUUGUUUUUUUUGCAGUUUGGGCAUUGUGAAAGUUUGUCUUAGGGUUUUUUCAAAUCAAUUUAAUUACUUGGUUUAAGCUGCGGGUCAAUUAAGCUCUCAAGAGGUGCGCUGCUAGAAAGAGUAUCAUAAGAAUAGAGUUUUUGUUGGGAUAUUAUUUCUUGUUUUGUGCAGAGUCUGGAAUUGUUUUCUAUUCCAUAUAAUGAACGAAAGGUUGUGUCUUA